AGACAGAUGACGCCAAAUAAUGUUCAAAUUAAUCCAUACAGGACAAUUUGAAUUACUCACUACAGGUAUAUUUCAUUGCUAUAUCCCUCUGCCAUGAAUUGAAUCAAGAGUUCACGCAUGCGCAGUUCUGUUCUCCUUGCAAAGUAGCCGUUCCGAGGUGCAUCUCUUUCAAUCAUGUAUUGUGCAAAGAUCGUUUCACCUGCUGCCAGGACUGUGGCCAGGUCAACAGUGUUGAGACCUCUCAGCAGUACUCUAUCAGGCAAGACAGAACAGGCCCCACAGAACACCUGUGGUCUAGGCACAUACACUGGUCUUUCAGGACUUACCAUAGCACCAAAUACACAAAAUGUUACAUCUUUUAUAAAUAGUCAAAUCCGUUGUUUCCAAACAAGUGCAACACAGCGGGACAUUGACCAGGCUGCUAAAUUUAUAGGCGCUGGCGCAGCCACAGUAGGCGCAGCUGGAUCAGGGGCUGGUAUUGGAAGUGUGUUUGGAAGUUUAGUAAUUGGAUAUGCCAGGAACCCAUCCCUAAAACAACAACUUUUCUCAUACUGCAUCUUGGGAUUUGCUUUGUCUGAAGCCAUGGGCCUGUUUUGUCUGAUGAUGGCUUUCUUGAUUCUAUUCGCCUUCUAACGUUAAUGCAAAUUAGUAAAUUAUCCAUAAUUAUUAAGAAAAAGGGAACGUCUGUGGGACUAAAUUAAUGAUUCAUAUGCACAGAGUUUGCGUGAGUAGUGUGCUCAAGUGAUACCUUUACAAAAAAACAUUUGAGUUUGAUGUGUAGAACAGAUUGCCAAUAAUACAGACAGUGACUACUAAAUCACUUGUAAAGUUACAUUGUACAGCCAGCGAAUGUAGAAUACAGUAUACUGUUUUAAGAACAACUGCCAGUUAUAAAAUAAAUGUUGAUUCUGUAUUUAAUACUAA